UGUUUCCAGUUUUCUAUAAAUUAAGUCCUAAACAAGAGAGUAUAAGAAACAAUACCAAAAAUAUAGACAUAUUCAUUACCAUUUUUGGGUUAUUAGAGAAGGACAUGGGAACUUUGGUUGGGCACAUAGCACCAGGCCUUGCUUUCUUGGUCAUAGGCUUAUGGCAUCUCUUUAACCACACAAAGCUCCAUAUUUUUCACCCAAAUUCCUACACUUCACAACUAUGGUUCCCAACAACCAAGUUAAGAUACGGCGAGCUCUUCCUCAUCAUGGCAAGCAGUACAAUCUCCAUAUCCAUGGAGCUCUUCAUUAGCCCCAAAAAGCACCAACCACUAGACCCCGACGGCACCAUUCCCACCAACCAUCUCCACAACUUCGAGCACGCCUCCAUUUCCCUCUCCAUCUUCGUCUACGCAGUCUUAGCCAUCGUUCUAGACAGAGCUCGGCCCAAGGCUCCACGCAUCUUGGCUUAUCUCCUUGCCUCUGUGGCCUUUGCACAAGAGCUUCUUCUCUUUGUCCUUCAUUCUACCGACCACCAAGGCACCGAAGGCCAUUACCAUCUCUUCCUACAACUCAUCAUUUUCGUGUCUUUGGUCACAACCCUAAUGGGAAUAGGGUUCCCUACUAGCUUCGCCGUCAGUUUUGUGAGGUCUCUUAGUAUAUUUUUCCAAGGUGUUUGGUUUAUUUUCUUGGGUGUUAUGUUGUACACUCCUCGGCUUUUGCCUAAGGGUUGCUUUUUGUAUGAAGUUGAUGGCCAUACAUUAAUCAAGUGUCCCCAGGAAAAGGAACUUCGUAGGGCUAAGUCACUUAUAACACUUGAGUUCAGUUGGUGCUUCGUUGGAGUAGCCAUUUUUGGAGUGUCGUUGUACUUGGUUAUGGCUAAGAUUUAUGGUGAUGACAAAGUUGACUACUUUUCUUUGGGAACGAAAGAAGUUGAGCAUGAAGUAGGAGAUGAAUAUUCUGAUGAUUACGAUGUAGAAUCCCCAAAGUAACUUUUGGCUGUUUAGUUAUUAACUUGUACUUUUGUUUUUUUAGUCUUUCCUUUUCUUUUUUUUUUCUUCUGUUUUUGGUUUUGUUUUUUUUUUUAGAUUUUAUGUUUGCAGCAGUUUUAUAAAUAUGAGUUCUGGUGUGUCACCAUGUUUUAGUUUCAGGCUCUAUUUUUUUGCAGCAUAGUUUCAAGCUCUAUCAACUCCAAUAACACUAGUAGAAUUUUGUUCAAA